AUGAUUGCGCACGAGUACACUGCGCCGCCCCAGAGACCGGCUAUCCGCCGCAAGUCUUCGGCCCAGAACCUUCUUACGUCCUUCAAGCCGCCCCAGUCGGCUACCUCCCCAGGUUUCUCAGCCCCCACUCCGACUCAGAGUUACAUGUCAGGCCAUCAGAAGGAGGCAGACGCUCAGAGCCAGCACUCGGACUCCCAUGGAAGCUCUUCGACAUACGUGGGCUCGGGCUCGUCUAGUGUCAAUGGCACCCCGUCGCUCCCUGCUGGGACGAAUAUCGAGUAUAUACGAGACCUUGUUCAGAAGCGUAUCAUCACCCUCACCUACCUUCGCAAUGUACAUGAAGGGCAAGCUCACUGGUUCCAUACCAUUCACCUCUCUCGAGCUGAGCUCAACAAGCACUUCAACAAUAGCAACAUGAAGAAGCGAACGCAACGUUUCACCAUCCUCGCCAUGUCUCUCUCCAAUCUGCUCGACAUCCCACAAGGCCAAGACUUUCUCCGUGGGCUCGUCAACACCGUUACCGAGUUCGAGACUGGCAAAAUCGAUUCUGUCAAAGAGGAGGCUGAGCGGCCCAAGAUUCGCCUGUUCAAAACGAAAGUGGGCAAGCGACAAGCAGGCGGUUUUGCGGAGUACACAAUGCCCUAUCAGGACGGGUCGGACUCGUACCUCGUCGCGCCUCACCUCCCCUUCGCGCUCGACUAUCAUGAAACCCUCCUUUCCCUGCUCGACGUUCUCUCCGAAACAUACAAUAAAAUAUCGCGCGUCCUGGGACCUUCUCCAUUCCCACAUGGCUCCGGGCAGCACAUGAUGGGCCCACUUGGCCUCCUCGCGCCGCACCCGGGCGUCUCGUACCUCUUCAACUCCAACUCGUCAUCGACCAAGCCAGGGCCAAGCGAAGGCGGCGACAGCAGUCUGUGGGGAAUCGCACACGCGGGGUACGUUGGCGUUGGCGGGCCGCUAGCGGGUGCGGGGAUGGGCAUGGGCGGACUGGGCAGUCCACCGCCGAGCUGGACGUCCGGGUUGGGGGAUAUGGUGAUUAAGGCGGAUGCGAAGAUGAAGAGAUUGACGACGAUCCUCCUGAAGGAGCUCGACGAGGUCGCGCGCAGCGGUAUCAAGGACGAGCUCUCGAGCCUGAAUCCACUGCUCCGCAACCUACAGCAGAGCUUCGACAACGGCACCAGCCUAGACUUCGAAGGCUAAACCGCCGCUGCCUCAUCCUCUUUCGCUUGCGCUGCCCUUGAUCUUGUCGUCGCCGCGCCCUCGCUGGCUUUCCCACGAUCACUCGAACUGGCUCAGCUUCGAGUUCCCACGGUGCGCCACGUCAAGCGCGCCGCGAACAUCAGGUCGAGUAGGGGCAGCCACCACUUAUCUUAUGUAGUUUGUACCAUCUGACGCGUGACAUAUUUCUUACCUCUGGACUUAGCUAGGAUUAACAAUAGGGUUUUGUAUAGUAGUGUACUUUUAGCACCCGGGAUAGACGUUAGACUAUGAGAGGAUACCCCC